AUGAACACCCAAGUUUUAAAAAUCAAAGAACAGUUUUGGGAAAAUGGGACUCUUCCUAUUGCAAAUGGAAUUGAGCAUGAGCCUGCUGAAGCAUCGGAUUCUCAUACUGAGACUUCCAGUGAAGUUUCGGAUGUGUCAACUAUUGAACAGAAAGAACAGUUUUGGGAAAAUGGGACUCUUCCUUUUGCAAAUGGAAUUGAGCAUGAGCCUGCAGAAGCAUCAGAUUCUCAUUCUGAGACUUCCAGUGAAGUUUCGGAUGUGUCAACUAUUGAACAUAAGCAUGCUACUGUCUCAUUCUCUCUCUGUUUGCAACUUUCAGCAACACAUUCAGAUAAUAGUUAUUCCUCCAGACCAAUUAGAAGUAGUUCAGUUACUCGCCCUUCCAUAUCAUCUACUGUGCACCACAAUACCUAUUCCUCCAAUUCUAACAGGUCCUUCUCAAUUCUCAACACCAGCUCAAUGUCAGUUACAUCUUCUAGACCAUCUACUCCAACUAGCCGUUCAAGUUCUACAUCUAGACCUAUAACCCAAUCUGCACGUCUAGUGCAAUCACGAUCAUCUACUCCUGCCAAAUCCCGGCCAGCUCCCACCAGUUCUUAUGGAGAGAAAACCCGAGUUACCCAGAACUCAAGACCAUCAACCCCAACUAACAGACAUCAAACCCUUGGAAAAUUGAGUUCUAUAUCCACUCGAUCAAAUUCACGGCCAUCAACUCCCACUCGUCGGACCCCUACUCCAGCUUCUGUUUCAGCUCCAGCACCAGGUUGCUCCAUUUCUAUGGGACGUGUCCUUCCAAAUGGAGGGAAUCCAGCACCGCCAUCUCGAGGAAGCUCUCCAGGUCUACAACCACGCCCUCCACAGCAGCCAAUUGUUCCCCCUGAUUUCUCACAUGAAACACCACCAAACCUAAGGACAACAUUGCCAGACCGACCUGUAUCUGCUGGUAGAUCUCGCCCAUGUGUUACAAUCACUGCCAGGGGAAACUCAGAGGCAUCAGGGCCUGUAAAUCCACCACGCAGGCAGCCAUCACCGAUUGUCACGAGGGGGAGGCUUCCAAAAAUUUCUGGAAGGGGUCGGUUGCAUGCCAAUGGACACGACAUUGGUGCACCUGAAUCACAGAAGACACCACCAGUCCCAGAGUCUUCAAUGCGGAAACCUACAAAGUCUACCUCAGCCACUGAGAGUACUGGAUUUGGAAGAACAAUCUCAAAGGAGUCUCUUGAUAUGGCUCUCAAGCAUAUGGAUAUCUGGCAUGGCGCAGGGGGCAUUCGUUCCCUCUCAGGCACCACCCUUUUCCCUCAGAGCAUUCGCUCUAGCGCUCCAAAAAAUCAACUAGCUCGCCCAUUGGAUCCUCCAGUAGUUUCAGUAAGGAGUAACAGUGACCAACCGGCUGUAAGCAAUAACGGUUCCAUGAUAGAGAACGGAAAUUGUAUUGAUAACUCUCUAGAUGGUGAAGUCGAAGAAGAUGAUGGUCGACUUUCUGCAAAACUGAGUGAGCCAGACAUUUAUGAGAGUACCCGAUAUGAUGCAAUUCUGCUCAAAGAAGACUUGAAGAACACAAACUGGCUGCACAGUGUUGGUGAUACAUCUGAACAGGGACCCAUAUUUGAUCACCGGUUUGAGUCACUACCUGAACCGUUUGGUCUUAUAUGAAUUUUGAAGUGCUGGUUUAUGUUGAAUGUUUCUGUUGUUUAUAUGAUUUGAUCGAGAAAGGAUCCAUGUAACCGAUCCUUUUCAGUUGGGAUAAGGCUGAGUUGAGUUGUAUUUAUAUGAUUUGUUCAUUGUCAUGAAUAAGUCCGUCAAUCCUCCCUUG